AUGUCAAGGACUGGGAGCAACCCAGGGCAGGUGGUUUGGGAGUGUUUCAGUAUGCAAGGACCAGGCCAAGGAACUGGGGACCAGUGUGCAGGGACCAAGUGGGGUUGUGCUGAGGGCACUGGAGUGGCAAUAGACAGGGGUUUGGAAGAGAGUAGGUUAGACUUCCCAAGUCUACAGGGGUACAUGGUGUGGGCCAGGGCCAUCAAGAGGAGUACUGGAUGGGUAGUACUCCUACUACCACCCCAGUUGUGGCAAGACUGGUUCCAGAAAGCUUUUGCAAGGCCAGGAAAAGCUUUAAAACUGGAGAUACCAGACCAGCAGGGCAGGCUGGCUUGGUACAGGGAUAGUAAGGAGUGUUGGAGCCAAAAGUAA